AUGGAAAGAUAUAAUAUGUCCUCUACAGACUUCACCUUCAUUGGGCUGUUCAACAAUGAAGAGACUUCGAACCUUAUAUUUGCCAUCAUCUCACUCAUCUUCCUCACAGCCGUGGUGGCCAAUGGGCUCAUGAUCUUCCUGAUCCGCACAGAUGCUCAUCUCCAAACCCCCAUGUACUUCCUCCUCAGCCACCUGUCCUUCAUUGACAUGACGUACAUUUCCACCAUCGUCCCCAAGAUGCUGGUGGACCAUCUGCUCGGGCAAAGGACUAUUUCUUUUGUGGGGUGCACAGCUCAACAUUUUCUCUACCUCACCUUUGUGGGCGCCGAGUUCUUCCUCCUGGGUCUCAUGGCCUACGAUCGCUACGUGGCCAUUUGCAACCCACUGAGGUACCCUGCGCUCAUGAGCCGCCGGAUCUGUUGGAUCAUCAUAGCAGGCUCCUGGUUUGGGGGAUCUCUGGAUGGAUUUCUUCUCACACCGAUCACCAUGAGUUUCCCCUUCUGCAGCUCGAGGGAGAUCAACCACUUCUUCUGCGAGGCGCCUGCGGUGCUCAGGCUGGCCUGCGCCGACACAGCCCUCUACGAGACGGUGAUGUACGCGUGCUGCGUGCUGAUGCUGCUGGUACCCAGCUCCGUGGUGGCUGCCUCCUACGCGCGCAUCCUGGCCGCCGUCUGCCGCAUGGGCUCGGCGGGGGGCCGGAGGAAGGCCUUCGCCACCUGCUCGUCUCACAUGACCGUGGUCACCUUGUUCUACGGGGCUGCCAUAUACACCUACAUGGUGCCCCACUCUCACCACACGCCCGCCCAGGACAAAGUGUUUUCUGCGUUCUACACCAUCCUCACCCCCAUGCUGAACCCCCUCAUCUACAGUUUGAGGAACAAGGAUGUGGCUGGGGCACUGAAAAGGUCCCUGGGAAGACUCAAGAGCUCUCGGCGAGUGUCGGGAAGAGACUUUUGA